AUGGAGCACCAGCUGCAAGCUACAUCGGUUGAGAGGACUGAAAGUGGAGUGACAUCAGGCCUUAGACCAUGGAAAGGUCAAAAUAACUGGCGACACAGCCACCACCUAAAGAAUGUGCAUGGGAUUCUAAACAUCAUUGGGUGGGGGUUCUUGUUGCCCACAGGAGCCAUAGUGGCAAGGAAUUUCAGAAAUUUCCCUUUGAAAUGCGAGGAAUGGUACCAACUUCACACGCUAUGCCAAACUUCUGGGUACAUAAUUGGCACAGUUGGAUGGGGCAUUGGCAUAUGGUUGGGGAAUUCUUCCAGGCAAUACAUUUUGAAGCCUCAUCGGAUUCUGGGAAUCAUUAUAUUUACUUUUGCGACUCUACAAAUGUUGGCACUGUGGUUGCAACCGAAGAAGGAAGACCAGUUUCGCAAGUUGUGGGAGAUUUACCAUCAUGUUUUAGGGUAUGCCGUGAUUGUUCUUAGCGUUGCUAACAUAUUCGAAGGGAUCGGCAAUAUCCGAAGCCAUGCUGCUGAGAUAUGGAGGUGGUUUUAUGUGGGAAUGCUCAUCGUUUUAGCUUUAACGGCUGUGGCAUUGGAAAUGUAUAGAUGGAUCAAGUCCAAGAAUCAACAGCAGAUGGCAUUUGAUGACGGCCAAAUAUAUGCUUCCCAACAAAUUUAA